AUGCAGAACACCGGAGACGUGCCAGCAACCCCAAAUCAAAGUGCAGGUGCAGUAGCUGAGACGGUCCAUCAUACAGUACAGACCGUAUUUUCAAUAGAAUCGUAUGAUGUAUCAAAAAAAUUCGAUAGAUGGUUAAUGAGGUUAGAAAGUGCAUUCAAAGUAUUUGGUAUUCCACAAGGAAUAGUAGGAACUUCCCUAAGAAUCCUAGUACGAGCAGAAUUAGGUAGCCCUGGAUCCCUAAUUGGAAGUGACCAAAUUUAUAAUGUUAUUGUUACAGCCCAUGCAUUUAUUAAUUUUUUUAUAGUUAUACCUAUUAUAAUUGGAGGUUUUGGAAAUUGACUUGUUCCAUUAAUAAUUGGUGCCCCUGACAUAGCAUUUCCUCGAAUAAAUAAUAUAAGAUUUUGAUUACUUCCCCCCUCUCUUUUAUUAUUGUUAUUAAGAAGAAUGGUAGAAAGAGUGGUAGGUACAGGAUGAACAGUUUACCCCCCCCCCCUAUCAUCUAAUAUUGCUCACGGAGGAUCAUCAGUAGAUUUAGCUAUUUUUAGGCUUCACUUAGCUGGUAUUUCUUCAGUUUUAGGUGCUAUUAAUUUUAUUACAACAGUAAUUAAUAUACGACCUAUAGGAAUAACUUUUUAUCGAAUACCCUUAUUUGUUUGAGCCGUAGUAAUUACAGCAAUUCUUUUACUUUUAUCAUUACCGGUUCUAGCAGGGGCAAUUACAAUAUUAUUAACAGAUCGAAAUUUAAAUACAUCCUUUUUUGAUCCAGCUGGAGGGGGAGACCCAAUUCUUUACCAGCAUUUAUUUUGAUUUUUUGGUCACCCUGAAGUUUAUAUUUUAAUUAUACCAGGAUUUGGAUUAAUUUCUCAUAUUGUUAGACAGGAAAGAAGGAAAAAAGAAGCCUUUGGAACUUUAGGAAUAAUUUAUGAUAUAAUAGCGAUUGGAUUAUUAGGAUUUAUUGUGUGAGCUCAUCAUAUAUUUACAGUUGGUAUAGAUGUUGAUACACGAGCUUAUUUCACUUCAGCAACUAUAAUUAUUGCUGUACCAACUGGUAUUAAAGUAUUUAGAUGAUUAGCUACUUAUCACGGAACUCCUAUUACAUAUAGACCUGUAACUCUUUGAGCUUUAGGUUUCAUUUUUUUAUUUACAGUGGGGGGAUUAACAGGUAUUGUUCUAGCAAAUUCUUCUAUUGAUAUUGUACUACACGAUACUUAUUAUGUUGUUGCUCAUUUCCAUUAUGUUUUAUCUAUAGGAGGUUUUGCUAUCAUAGCGGGAUUUAUUCAAUGAUUCCCAUUAUUUACAGGUUUAACUUUAAAUAAUUUUUAUUUAAAAAUUCAAUUUUUUAUUAUAUUUAUUGGAGUAAAUUUAACUUUUUCCCCCCAACAUUUCUUAGGAUUAAUAGGAAUACCCCGACGAUAUUCAGACUAUCCAGAUGUAUUUAUAUUAUGAAAUAUUGUAUCCUCUAUUGGAUCAUUAAUUUCUUUAAUUGGAGUAUUGUUUUUAAUUUUUAUUAUUUGAGAAGCUUUCUCCUUACAGCGAAAAAGAUUAAGACCUUUAAGAUUAACUUCUUCAAUUGAAUGAUUACAAUUUAAUCCUCCUGCCGAACACAGAUAUUCUGAAUUACCAAUAUUAUCUUCAAAUUUCUAAUAUGGCAGAUUAGUGCAAUGGACUUAAACCCCAAAUAUAAAGUUUAAACUUUUUUUAGAAAUUUCAACUUGAAAAAAU